AUGAAUAUGAAAACACCUUUAAAGCAAUACACAGCUUCAUUAUAUAGACAAAGUGCAAAAUGGUUGACUACCCCAUAUGAAAAUCCAACAAAAUCAAAUUUAAAAAUUGCUUUAACUUUAAGAAAUGUGUUUAUAUGGUUAAUCUUGAUAAAUAUCUUAAAUUAUAAUUUAAAAAAUGUUAUCAAUUUUGGUAAUAUUGAUAUUGUUCAAGUUUUGGAUAAAAAACUGAAUCAAUUAUUAAUUCAGUCCGAUGAGUCUGAUUUGACAUCUAAAAAAUAUAUGGAGAAUUUGUUGAUUGGAAUAUAUAUGAGAAAUGAAGAAACUUACUUAAAAAAUAUUAAUCAUACUACUGUUUAUUCAAGAGUAGUGUUUGAAUUGAAUGAUUAUGAAAUUGAAUUAAGAAUGUAUGAAGGACUAGUAAAUUCAGAGCGUUUUAAAGAUCAGAAUCAAAUUCAUAUAGCAUCAGUUAUCAACUGGGCACUUCCCUCAAAGUUCCCCAUAUUUGAUUUAAGACAAAAUCAGAAUAUGAUUUCAAAUUUUUGUAAUAUUCAUUUGAAUAAAUUAUACCCAUUAAACAGUAAUCACGAGGUAAUAAUAAAGAGAAUAAAUGAAACUUACCAAAAUUUGAUAAUUGGUAAAUUUAUAAUCUUGAUCAAUUCAAUCAUUAUUUUAGUAACUCAUAUCUUAAUAUUUUACUGUCCCAAAAGAUUAAGUUUCCAUUACCUCAACUUAUCUGUUUUAUAUUUUAUGAAUUUUUUCAACUUGAUACUUAUAUUAAUGAUGAUAAUAAGUAGACAAAAGAUAACAUCAAUAAGAGACAGUCAAUUGGGUUUGCUAAUUAUUGAAUUAUUUUCAAUCUUAAGUUUCAACUUAAUAUUUUAUCAAUCUCAUGAAACAAUAAUGAAUACUUUUUUCGUACAAUUUACACCAACAGCAUCUUCAAUAUACUCGGAUAAAGAGGUAGAAACAGAUACACGAAAUUUACAACAUGAUGUCGAAACAGGUAAUGUAAAUGAAGCUGAAACUCCUUCUACAACAGCGGGGUUAACUGGUAGAACUGCAACUAAAAAUUUAAGAGCUCAUCCAAAUGUAGUUCAUGAAACAAUUAACAAUAGUAAUGCAAUUUUGAAGAACCUACCUAAAUCACCUUAUGAGUAUAAGAAAACUGAAUAUGAACAAAGAAGAAGUGCAACUGCUCCCAUUUUAUCAUCAACUGGAAUUUCUGCAUCUCCAAAUUAUACCCAAGUUUGA